AUGGAGAAUUAUUCUCUCCUCCACAGUUCUUACCAGAGUUCUGUGCUUUUCUCCGGCUUCAGGAAACUGCGCUCUGACAGGAGGCUGUGUGAUGUUGUCUUGGAGACGGGAGGCGUGUCCUUCCCGUGUCACCGCGUCCUAUUGGCCAGUUCCAGCCAGUAUUUCUGGUGUUUGUUUGGUGAGAAGACGGAGGAGAGGACAGCUGCUAGCAUUAGACUCCCUGCGCUAACUCCUGCAGGACUAGAGACUGUUCUGAACUUCCUUUACUCUGGAUGGCUCAGCCUAUCAGCUGCCUCACUGCCCGAUGUUCUGGAGACCGCCAGGUACCUUCAGGUGGACACAGCUGUGUCGCUAUGUGAGCGCUUCCUUAGCGACGGGCUGUCGCUGAGGACCUCAUGUUUCUAUGCCAACCUGGCUGAGCACCACUUCCUGCCUGACGCGCUGGCAGCCUCCAAUCAAAUCAUCGCCAUGGAGAUGGCCACUUUGCUACUGGAGGACAGGGAGGGGCUUCUGGGGCUGAACGUCCAAUCACUAACGGAUGUGCUGGACAGGGAGGAACUACCAGGUGUCAAGGAGGUGGAGCUACUGAAACUUGUGCUGGAUUGGCUGGAUGCUAACCAGCCUCUCCCAUUGGUCCGCUGUAACCUGCUGCUCAGCCGACUCCGUUUUGGAUUGGUUACUCCCUCUGACAUCACAACACUAAGCUCUGCCCACACCAACAUGAACACCCCCCUGAUGAGGAGUAAGGUGACGCAGGCGCUGGAGUAUCAUUGGCUGGGCUCAGCUAGACCAAUAAGACAGAGCCGACACUCCUCCCUCAGAGCAGCAGCCAACCACGUGCUCCUAGUGGGGGGCGGGCCCAGCACUGAUUGGCCGCAGCAGCAGGUACUCACCUUCGACCUUAGAGACAGGAAGUGGUCAUCAUUGAGCGCUGGUCUCCCAAGACGACUGAAGAACCACUGUGUGUGCUGCGUCGGGGGGUUCCUGUUUGUAAUUGGAGGAGAAGAGGUGAAGGGCGGAGCAGAGGGGGGUGAAGGGAAGUCUGUUACUAUGACGACAACUAAUCGUGUGUGGCGGUACGAUCCUCGCUUUGCAUGCUGGGAGGAAGCGGACCCCAUGCUGGAGAGGAGAUCACAGUUCAGCUGCUGUGUUGUAGACCAUGUCAUCUACACUAUAGGGGGAACACACACACACUCAGACACACACUCCUGCCUGGCCUCAGUGGAGUUCUAUGACAUGGCAGCAGGCCAUUGGAGGAGAGGGAUUUCUCUGCCCCGCCCCCUUUAUGGCCACGCCUCGGUCACCCUGGGAACUGGAAUCCUAAUGUCUGGUGGUAGCCAUGGCAACCAGGCCCGUACACAGGUCAGUAGCCAGGAGGGUAAUCAGGUCAACUGUGAGGUCCUCUUCCUAGAUAUGGUUGCUAGGGGUGGAGUUUGGGAGAAGCGAGCACCGAUGUCCAUUGGCCGUUUCGGUCACCGCAUGGCAACUGUUGCCGGAUGUGUCUACGCGUUACUAGGAAUGUACGAGCACUACUGCGAUAUUGAGCGAUAUGACUCACUCGCUGACCAGUGGACACGCCUACACCCAGUACUCAUUGGCUCGUUUGACUACGGACUGGUGACAACAGCAAAUGGGAGGCUGCUGCUGUUCGGAGGCAAGAAAUGGCGGGAUGGACAGGAAGUGAGCGUAGCAAGUGUUCUAGAAUAUGACACAGAGAGAGACCGUUGGGCCGAGAUCUGUCAGCUAGACACUCCUCUGACUGGAACACAAUGUGUUGUGAUGGCUCUGUCAGACUAACACUCCUCUGACUGGAACACAAUGUGUUGUGAUGGCUCUGUCAGACUAACACUCCUCUGACUGGAACACAAUUUGUUGUGAUGGCUCUGUCAGACUAACACUCCUCUGACUGGAACACAAUGUGUUGUGAUGGCUCUGUCAGACUAACACUCCUCUGACUGGAACACAAUGUGUUGUGAUGGCUCUGUCAGAAUAACACUCCUCUGACUGGAACACAAUAUACAGGGAGUAGAAUAUAACAUGGCUAUAUACAGGGAGUAGAAUAUAACAUGGCUAUAUACAGGGAGUAGAAUAUAACAUGGCUACAGUGGUUCUUCCUUUAAAAGUUGCGCUGCUAUUGCACGUUAGCCAUUGUUGCCAUUAAUGCUAGGUUGUACUAGUUUGACCACCAGAGGGAAUCUUAGAGAAGCAUUUGACUGUAUUAAUAUUGGCUGGACUAGAGAAUAGUUUUUUUGUAAGAAUUUUUUUUUUUGUAAGAACAUAGUAUAUGUGAUUGAUUUAGCUUAAUUGAUUUGAUUAAUAUUAUGGUGUUUCUAUUCCAAGAAAAAUGAAAAACGAAACCCUCAGGGUUUCCAUUAGGAAAAUAUGGUGCUGUACAACGCUGCACUAAGUGACUGCGAGUGAAGAGGAAAAUGAUCAUAACAUUUCCACACCCUAAUUGUAGUCUAACCAAUACCCAAAUGGAGAUUCAGUGAAAAUUUAAAUCUCAUUGAUUUACCAAGACCAGUCCCCAGGACCAGUCCCCUGCUCAGAGCAGCACGAAACGCUGUUGAAAUAGUUGUCCACACACGGGUAGGCUAUUGCUUCAAAUCCUAUUAUAACAAUUGGAUGACUUUGGGUGUUCCAGUAAGCAACUAUUUGUUGCCUUCAUUAGCCUACUUUAUUCUGAAAAAUUCAUCUGUAACUCUGCCAAGCCUACAAGCAAAGAUGAACUGGUGAAGGCCAUCAAGAUGUUUUGGCUUGAGAAACUGACGAUAAAACAAUGCAACAAAUACAUUGAUCAUCUCAGCAAGGUUUUGCCAGUGGUUGUGGAUCUGGGUGAAAGUGCAACUAAAAUGUAGCUGAAAUGUACUGUACAGUAGUGGAAAUAAACAUCUGCAUUUUGAAA